AUGACGACUGGUUUCGCGGCGUCCUUCUGGUCGAGCGACUAUGCCGGAGGCCUCGGCGUUCUCUUUGGAAAGCUGCAGCAGGGGGUCCAGGAAAACCAACAGAUUCUGACUGUUGCCCGCAUGCGAGCCGAUGCCGAGGAGGCCUAUGGAAGCAGCUUGUCCGCCAUCACACCAGCCACAGAUCGCAUAGGCGGGGGCUUCAGCAGAGAUGAGGGCGCAAGCGUGCGCAAGGCCUACGAGGGCGUGCGCACCGAGAUGGAGGCAGCGGCCGCCAACCACAAGAAGAUCGCAUCCAACAUCCGAGAACUCGUUGUAAACCCCUUCGGUCGCUGGUGCGAUGCGCAUGCUGCCCGCGUGCAAAACUCCCAGGAUGAUCUUCAAUCGCGCAUCAAGAUACAUGACCGACAAGCCGAUGCUGUCCGCAAGUACCGAUCACAAUACUACAACAAGUGCCGCCUCGUCGAGGAUCUGGAGGAGGAGGAUAAGCUUGCGUUCCAGGACCCCCAAAGCGAGGCCGCACAGAGCCCCAAGAUGAAGGUGCCCACCAUAAAGAUGUCUGAGCCAGAGAACGAAGAAGAAGAGCCCAUCGAUCUUGGUGACGAAACCUACCAGCCCGACCAGGUCAAGAAGAUACUCACGCACAUGCUGGACAACAUCAAGAUCGCGGAGGUCAAGGUUCCCAUCCUCGGUACCUACCAAAACUGCUCAAGCGGUGCCGACAUCACCGAAUACAUCCAGAAGCACAUGGCAGCCACCACAGUGAGCUAUGCGGAGCGCAUUGGUCAGGACCUCGUAGCACAUGGCUUCCUGCGCUUAGUCGGCAAUGUCGGCAACACUUUCGCGAACAGCUCUCGAAUGAACUACCAAUGGAAGCCCAAGACGUUCCAGGUUACUGGACUGCCUGAGAAGAAGCAGCCCCUGGCUCGAUCUUCCACCGCCAUGUCGGCCUCGUCAGCUGACAGCAUUGCUGUUGAUUCACCCGUCUCAACCGUGCAGGAAUACCUCCAGGGAUGGAACCCACUUAACAACCAGUACCCGAACGAGACACCAGCAGAGAGACUUAGGAGGGAGGCUCACGAGUCAGAUGAGCGCUACAAGGCCUCUGUCAAGAAGCUUGACUCCCUACGCUGCAAUCUGGAAGAGGCUAUGGUGGAUCACCUCAAAUUUAUGGAGCGUUGCGAACUGGAUAGGCUGAAGGCCAUCAAGGCGGUCAUCCUGGAUUUCUCUGGUGCUGUCAGCAACGUCAUUCCUAGUCUACAGAGCACCGUCGACAAGAUGAUGCUGUUCCAAGAGACCGUUCAGCCUCUAGGUGAUCUCCGAUACAUGCUCGAGAACUACAGGACUGGGCCAUUCGUGCCUAGAGUUACGACCUAUGAGAACUACUACAACUCAGUAGACGAGCAAACAUUCGGUGUAGACUUGGAGGCUCGGGCUCGCUCAGACAAAAAGCGUGUUCCAGUGCUCAUUACCACUGUCCUUACAUUCUUGGACAACCACUAUCCCGACUUGGAGGGCGACGAAGCUCGCCGUGGUAUCUGGCUCGUUGACGUCCCUCUGGCGCAAACCCACACCCUUAGGUCUGAGAUCAACACUGGCAAGAGGUUCCCUGAUGAACUACUCGAGAAGUACGACGUACCCAUCGUUGCUAGUGUCCUUAAGCUUUACCUUUUGGAACUACCUGACUCACUGGUUUCUUCUCACGUCUACGAAAUUGUCAAGACUAUCUACAGCACCACCGCUACGGAUGUUUCUGAAGAGACUCGGGUCUCUGUUCUUCAAUCUACUCUUGGCCAACUACGUCUCGCUAACAUCGCAACGCUGGACGCUAUCUGUACCCACUUCACUCGUCUCAUUGAGCUGACUUCGGCCGACGAGACUUAUCUACCGUCUCGUCCGCGACCUUUCGCACACAAGGAUGCAAUCUUCGGAGAGUUGAAGCGCGCGAGCACACUCACUCACUCGGCUUCGGGCGCCCAGCGUCCACGGGCGAUUUCAACUGAUGAGAGUAACCGACGGGCAAACAUGGAGGAGCGCCAGCGUGCCAUCGCGGCUCAGCGUUCUCCUCGGGCGACUUCGCCAGCACCUGGCUCGCGCGUCUCUGGCUCACAUCGCCGUGACCGAAGUCAAACUCGAUUCCCAGUGAACACAUCAUCACCCACCGAAACGCGGAGGAGUAACGGAACAAACCGUGGUUCGCUUGAGGUGCCCGGAAGCGACGACAGUCCUACUCACGAGACAACUCCUGUAACCACGAACGGCACAACAGAGGCUGCCACUGCUCCUGCUCCUGCUGCCGCGCCUGCACCUGCUGAGCACCCAGCGCCCUCGAGCACUCGGGUGCCUUUCCCACGAAAACAUGCAGGCAGCCUGACGAGGGGUAACAGGGACUCUACUGGUAGCCUGAGGGGUGAAGACAUCGCGCCGAGAGGCGUCACGCUAGAAGACACUGCGCCACGAGGUGUUACGCUGGAAGACAAGCCCAUGGACGAUUAG